GCCUUUUCCACUUCCCCCUGUUGUGCACGCCUCAGAGCCCAACCUUCUGCAUCUCCACCUCAUGGAGGUGCAUCUCCUCGAUCUGUCGCACAAACUGGGCGUUGCGCUCCCUCUCCCAGUCCUCCAAGAAGGCACCCUCCUCCGCCUUGAGCUUCUCGAGACAAACCUUGGUCGUCGGCAGCUGCGCACAUAUGCUCUCGACUCGGUCGUUGAUCUUGCGCACCCAAAAGCGCAAUCUGAUGGACGGACGCAGGCAGAAACCAACACAGACAGACAGACAGACCCAUUCAUUGGGGGGAAGCGAAGGUGUGUCUGUGUGGUGUGGUGUGGUGGCUGUUGUUACACACCGCGUGAGCAGCUCUGUGUGUGAGUCACUCCUGGUCGGCGAGUGCUGCCCCCGGCCCUCCGUCACCUCCCGCGCAAGCGACAUGACAUUCGACAUAUACGAACCUGAUGAUAAUUAAUGAACCACACGCGUCAGUCAGGGCAGGGCGCCCGCCUGUCUGUCUGUCGAUCCGAUAAGUGACUGGGUGACCUGUGAUGCGAUCGAAUAUCUCACAGACGGCCCCCAAACUCUUGCACAACUCCUCGAUGCCGGUGGUCAUGACAGUGAGCUCGUCACUGAACUCCUCCAUGAGGGCCCUCUCCUCCCGGGCAGCCAACGCCCGGUUCUGCAUGAUCCGAUAGGUGGGGUAUGUCGUCAGCACGCCCGUCGACCCAAAGGCAACUCCACCCAGGCCGAACGAUGCGGCCGCGGCCGCCGCCCCUUCAGCAGCGCCACAAGUGGCCAGUACACCGGCCACUCCCACCGGCACGGCACACGCAAGGACCCCAGCUGACACGCCAGCGACCGCCAGAAGAGUGUUGGACACUCGUCGACUGCUCCGGUACUGCUCCUCUCGCGUGGAUGCCUCCAGCCGCUGGGAGACCCUCAGCCGCUCCAUCUCGCCGUCCCGAAGCUCGCGGAGGGCACAGUGAAGGGCAUCCAAGUCCCUGCGGCACUCACGAGCUGAGGAGGGAGCAGUGAGGCAAGCAAGGAAGGAAGGAAGGAACGGCCUGCAAGUCUGUGUGGUGUGGCACGCGUGGCUGUCGUGUGUGGUCGUCUUGUCUCUUGCUCUCACCUUCGCUCUGGUUCUCCUUGAGCUCUUCCCUCGUGGCGAGAGAGAAAAACGGCCGAUCGCCGCCCUCGAGAAGCCUGUCGAUGUCCCCCUCAACUUGCACGGUGAAGCGCUCCAAGCUGAAGGCAGGCAGGCAAACAGCACACAACACAUGUCGUCUCGCACGAUGUGAUCGAUCCGGUGCACUUCACUCACUUUGCAGUCAGUGCAUGCCUUUUUUUUCUUCGGCUUACAUACUUGUAUAUAGUGAUCUGUAGGCGAGGAAAGACGUGCCGUCUGAAUGUGUCUGCGUGGCUGAACCAGGUGGCACCGAUCUUCUUCAAGCUCAGGCACUGCAGGCACCACACCACCGAUAGAACAACACAAUGAACCCAUUCACUCACCGCUCUCUCUGGGUGUAUUGUCGAUCGACCCAGUCUGUCGUCCGUCCGCAUGCCUCACCUACCUGUGCUUGGAGCGCGAAGAGGCGCCUCAGACACCGUGACACAACGACCUGACAGACAGACAGACAGACAGACAGUGAUGCCAUGAAGAACAUACAUAGAAGGGCAGUGUGACGAGAUCAUCCAUCUGGUGUGUCCGGUCUGAUCGGUGUUUGGCAUACCAUGUGUGUGGACACAGCGAGGAGAUGCACGGCCAGCGGGAUGUCCACCUGUUCCUGCCCCUCCUGCCGCUCCUUCAGCGACAAGUCGUCACUCAGCCUCGCGAGGGCGGUGGUCAUAUCUUGCCCAGCCAUCGUGUCCAAUCGACAAACGAGAACGAGGAAAGUUUCCCUUUUCUUUUCCUUCUUUCCC